AUGGGAUUCAGAUCAUGGUUAUCAGAGAAGUUGACUGCUGAAAAGUAAGUUCAUUCGUAUUUUAAAAGUAAAAGCAAGCAUUUUUAUACCUAAACAUAUAAAAAAGUUAAUUUUUAAAUUUUCAAAAUUUUAAAUUUUAUUACUUAAAACCCUACUUUUCUCAAAUAAAGCUGAUAACAUAAUUUUGCGAACUUCCAGCCUCCAAAAACUUGGCAAAAGUCUGUUCAAAAAGCUGAUAUCGCCUCAUGUUAUCCUUGUCGUAUGCUGUAUCCUCUAUCUUAUCAUUGGUGCUUUGGUGUUUCAAAGAUUGGAAGGAGAGAAUCUGAUCGAAGCCAAAGCCAGUCAUCUUCAGAAGAUCGACGAAGAUGGCAAAGCAUAUCAGGCCGCGGUAAUUGAGAUUGUAAAUGAUAAUCCAGAAUUGGCACGUCAUCCUGACAGAAAAUGGGUCAUCCAGGAGAUAAUUAAAAAGACCAAGGAAAGGUUUGACAGAUACGUUGAUACCACCUACCUAGCUCACAAAAGGGUAAGUUUGAAAAUGGCUUGAGAUUAGGGUUUUAAAAGUUAAAAAAAAUUAACUUUGAAAGAGAUUAUGACAUUGUAGUAGGUAUUGGUAAGGCUAUUUUUAGAUAGAAGGGAAAAUAUAAGUCCUCAUUUACUUUUUAUAUUUUAAAACAAACGUUUUCCAGGUACGUCACGGUUUCGAAGACAAUGCUCCAUCUUGGGACUUUAAAAACUCUUUGUUCUUCACCACAACCAUGUUGACAUCGAUUGGUUUUGGGUAUGUGUGCCCCACUACAAGAGAUGGCCGACUGUUUGCUGUGAUCUACUGUUUGAUAGGUAAGUCUUUUUAAUUUGCAGUAGACUCUUCACUUUGAGCUUAUUUUUAUUUUUAAUGUGAUUUUAUUAAAUUGGCAAACACAGGUUUUAUGAGAAAAAAUUUCAAAAAGGCACUUAAAAGUUGUUGCUGUAGGGUACUAAAAGCUAAGAAUAUCCAUUUUGAUAUGAAAUUUUGUCCUCUUUGCAAUUCUAUAGGUCUUGUUAGAUGAGUUACUACGUAACUUUGUAACAAGCAGUAUAUCAUCAUAAACCGCCAAAAAAGCUAUUUAUUUUUUGAACUUUUAAAGCAUACAAAAUUUUAAACUCAUAGUUAAGGAUCAAUAUUUUUACACAACAUACUUACUCUAUCUAUCAUUAUUCACGCCAAUUUCCAUGUCUUUUGAAAGACUUUUGCAAAAGUUAUGACAUCUUUUAAGUGCGCAUUCCUAUAGUGAAAAACUGUGAAAUGACAAAAUUAUUGCACUUUCUACCUUUGUUUAAUCAAUUUUAUAAAGAAAAACGCAUUUUAAAAUUACGAAAUUUUUUUUAACUUAAUAAUUAAAAACUUCCAAAUUCCAGGAAUCCCCCUAACCCUAGUAACAGUAGCCAAUGUGGCCAAAUUCAUCUCAGAAUCCGUCUUCUUUCUCCACUACGAAGUGUGGAAGCUGUGGAUGAACUUCAAGCAUCGAAACCGAAUUCAAGAGAAACCGAUACAACGCCAGAAAAUGUUCAAUGACAACGAAGACGAGCAAGAAGUGUUGGACCGUGUCAGGUUGAUCAGAUUCCCUCCGAUUUUGGUAUUCUUGGUGGCCGUCGUAUAUGGUUGCAUAGCAGCGUAUAUUAUUCAAAGGAACGAGAAAUGGUCCUAUUUGGAAGCGCUUUACUUUACCUUCAUCUCUAUUUUGACUGUUGGUAAGUGAAAAAAUUCAAUUUUAACGAUGGUUUUCGUGGGUUGAGUAAUAUAUAUUGCAAAAAAUGUUUUCGUGGUGGGACCAAAAAGUGUUAUCAGAUUUUUUAUAACAGAUUCUAGUAGUGAUAUCUAAGUAAUUGUUAAAAUUCAAGCAGGUUUAAAGCUAUCUAUUGAUGUAAAUUUUUUUUCAAAUCUGUUUGGUACAUUAUUAGUGAUAUUCAUGUUUUCGUCGUGAGACAAAAGCUGAACUAGCGAUAAGUUGUCUACAAUAAUUACCCGCUAUCCGAAGAGGUAAAAUACGUUUUAUAUUGGUUUCUUAAAUUAUUUUGGAGUGUUUGCAUCAGUUUUUGAAACAUAUCAGGUUUUAUAGUAAGAAGAUCAAGGCUACUAAAAAAUAAACUGGUUUUGGUAAGGCCUACUACAAUAUAAACCUAAAGAUUCUUUAAUUUUCUAUUGUUUCUUAUCUAAAAUUUAUAAAAAUUUUACAAAAAAUCAUAUUUUCAGGCUUUGGCGACUACCGCCCAUCGCCCGAAAACCUACUAACCGUGCUGGUCUUGAUCCUCGGCGGUAUCAUACUCUCGACCAUGUGCAUGGACGUCGUCGGGCGAAUGUAUCUGAAGGAGAUUCACUAUUUGGGGAGGAAAUUACGUUCGAAUAAUCCGUUUUACAUGCUGCGCGAAGCUAAAGCGAAGCGUCGACGCAGAGCCAUGGCCUCAUUGUUGGCCCAGUUGGCCAAGGGAAUGAUCUUUGCACACAAACGAUUCGAUGAGCCGCAGAGGAAGAAGUCGCGGAAGGAGAAGCGACGGGGCUCUAAGAUGUGUAAGUUAAUGAUUGGAUAUUAGAGUUUGGUGUUCAAAAAUUUUAUAGAAAUUUGGUUUUUGAGGUCAGAAAGUGGUUUGAAUCUGGAUUUUUAUUCAUUUUUGGGGGUUUUUGGGCGUAUUUUACGAUCAAAAACGAUUUUUUUAUAAGUAAUUUUAAGCCAAUUCGUAUUUUACUUUACUUUUUUUUAAAUUUCGAUUUCUACACAACUAUUGGCCUAAAUUUUUAACUUUUGUUGCGCACCAUUCUUUUUGCAUCAAAUUAAUUACAAAAAAUGUGCUUUGAAAAUGGAAAAAAAAUAUUUAAAAUUUUUUUUAAUUUCAGUACCAAACGAUCAAUUCUUGUUCGCUCGUCAAGCUCCAGACCCACCUCGGGACUGCCAAGUCAUAUCAACAUCUGCAUAUUCUGUUAGGCUAGCUUGGGCCGCAGCGUUCUCAGCCGAAGCUGAUGUUUACUACAACUUGAGAUAUCGGCUAAAGUAAGGUUUAUAGGUCGUUUUAACGUUUUAUCUAAUGAAUUAAUGUUGAAAAGUUACCGUAAAAUUAAAAAAAGGGUUUGAAAUUUAUAAAUAUUUUAAAAAAUAUUGUUUCAGGCCUAACUUUGUAAAGAAAAAGUGAAGAUAAGUGUUGUUUAUACCUAGUUUAACUAUUUUUCCAUAACUUUUACACGAUUUAUUAAUUUCUAGGUAUUCUGAUGAAUACACAAACGAUCACCGUGUUCUGGAGAUCAAAGGAAUCACGGAGACUUCAGUCGAGAUCAUGAGCUUAUCGUCAUGUUCAUUAUAUGAAUUCAGGAUUACUGCUGUGUCAAAGUAUGGUGAAAGUAAACCAAUACUUCUGGUGCAAUAUACAGGUAAUUUUUUAUUUGAUUCUUUUCGGUAUAAGGCAUUUUUGUCGAUAGUUUGGCUUUUUAAAUUAAAAUAAGAUUUUUUGGUCCCACCACGAAAACAUGAAUAAUCAGUAUAUUCUAAUUAGAACCUCAACUAAGUCCUCAACAUAUUAUGUCAAAGAAGUUGAAUGCAAACACAAUUGAACUUACCUGGGAACCUCCAUUUCAACGGACUAACGAUGUUAAGGUAGGUACCUACAUCUAUAAACCUAUGUUACAGUAUAUUAAGAUAAAAAAAUUAAAACAAGGUAAAUGUGAGUUACAUUUUAAAGAGUAUCUUAUAUUUUACCGCCCUUUUUGGGGCUCAUCCAGAACAGCCCCCCAUUCCGUUUCACACCCCCAACCGCCAGUUCGCACCCCCAGUGAAACCCCCAAUCUCCAACUCCAGGUCAACCCGACUUGGCCGAACCAUAUCGGCAAUGUCCGGAGUUGAAGGUUGAGGGUCGCGCGAGAGAGUGCUGGUCUACUGGCUGGCCAGGGCGGCGAACGGAGGAGCAGAAUGAAGAAUUUGCAAAAUUUGCUGCCUUUUAUACGCUUUUUCAUUGAUUUCGUAAAGGUCAAUUUAAAAAGAAUAAUUUUGACUUUUUACGUGCCGGUUGUAAAUUUCAUUUUCUGGGGGUGUGAACUACAAUGGUGGGGGUGUGAACUACAAUGGUGGGGGUGCGAUCUACAAUGGGUGGGGGUGCGAUCUACAAUGGGUGGGGGUGCGGUCUACAGUGGGUGGAGGUGCGAUCUACAGUGGGUGGGGGUGCGAUCUACAGUGGGUGUGGGUGCGAUCUACAGUGGGUGGAGGUGCGAUCUACAGUGGGUGGGGGUGCUAUCUACAGUGGGUGGGGUGCUUUGUAAACUACAUUGAUGGGGGUGCGAAGUAAAAUGGAACCAUUAAUUCAAAAUUCAAAUUUAUGUGAAAAAUCGCAAGAGAAAAAAAAGAAAUUUUCAAUUUGCUUUUUGAAAAUGAUUUUUGGGGGUAUGUUCUGGUUGACAUCGGUGGGGGGUUGAAAUGGUAUGGGUAGGGCCCUACCUCUUUUAUGAAACAAUUGCAAUUGUGAAAUAACAAAAAUCAUAUAUUUUUUAAAUGUACGUCCUUUAUCUGUUGAAAUUUACCAUUUACCAUUAGUUUCUGCUACAUUUUGGUCAAAAUAGUAGAAAAGUUUGAACAUCAGGCGAAAAAACCGACCGAAAAACAAAAAAAACGAAAUGAAACAAAUUAUCGGAAAAAGGAAUGGAUUACGAAUCUCUACUUUGACUGAUCGGUCGACUUGGGGUGGCGUGUAGGGGGCAGGCUUGGACGUAGGGCGCUGCCCCCUGUGCCCGACCCGGCCCGGGCCAGGGUUCAUUUUUACGAUCAAUUACAGGGCCGGGCGGGGCAGGGCCCAUGAUUCUAACCGGGCAGGGCUUGCUUCGUGCCCGGUAAUGCCCUGUAAAUGCCCGGUAAUAAUUUUUUCAUAUAUAAAAAAAAUUAAUUUAAAAUUAUUGAGUGUCUAACAAGUAAUGUUACUUACCCCACUUCACUCCUGAACAUUUUAGCUCUUUCCGACCUCAUCCCUGAUCCUUUUAUCCCUACUCGACUUCAGCACCCCUAUUUUAACCCUACCCAACCUCACCCCUAACCCUUUUAACCCUACCCGACACCUUUGACCUUUGUAGCCCUGCCCGUUCCUACGCUACCAUAUUGUACCUAAUAUGCCACACCCCGCCAUACCCUAUCCUAUCUACCAUACCAAACCCCACAAUACCCUAACAUAUUAUAACAUGCCAUACCCUACCAUACAAUACCAUAUCCUACCAUACCAUAACAUACUACAUAUACCAUACUGUAUCAUAUCUUACCUUAUCCAAUCUUAUACAACACUACUGUGUACUACCCAUAGGUAGGGUAGAGUAGGUAAAUAAAGCAAGAUAAAUGGUAUAAUAUAGUCAGGUAGAGUAUGGCAUGUUAUAUAAUAAGGGUUAGGGCAUUGUAGAAUUUGGUAUGAUAGAUAGGAUAAUUUAUGAUAUGGUAAUGUAAAGUAUUGUAAGGUUUGGUAUGUUUUGUUUGGUAAGAUGAGUAUGAUAUAGUAAGUAGCAUAGGGCAUGGUACAGUACAGUAUGGAAUUUUAUGUAGGGUGGGUAUGGUAUAGUAGGGUAAUAAAGUCAAGUGUAGGGUUUAGUAAAGCUAAACAGGUCAAAGUUAGACUUGGAUAAAGCUAAAGAGGUCAGAAGUAAGGUUGGGUAGGCCUAAAAAGGUCAGGGGUAAGGUCGGGAAGAGCUAAAAGGAUCACGGGUGAUGUCGGGUAGGGCGAAAAGGGUCAGGGGUAAGGCCGGAUAGAUCUAAAGCAGUUUAUUUCACUUGUUAUUAGCUUUAUAAACUUAAUUUACAAAUGCCCUGUAAAACCCUGUAAAGCCCUGUAAAUGCCCUGCCCGACCCGGCCCCAGGGUCGGGCCGGGCAGGGCCUGAAAACUAAAACCCUGUACCGGGCAGGGCCCAAGCGGGCCCGGCCCCAGGGCCGCAAAUUGGGCCCUGCUCUGCCCUACGUCCAAGCCUGGUAGGGGGGCUAUUCUGGAUGAGCGCCCACUUUUUUAACCGCUCAAGUUUUUAACAACUGCAGAAUAUCAGGAUUAUACUUUAUACAGUAUUUUUGAUUUUAGCAUUACAUGGUGUACUGGACGGAUAACCCUUCGACACGACUGUCAGAUUGGGAGAAGAUUACCGUGUAUGGUAGACAUGUCACAUUCCCAGACUUGAAAUACGAUUGGUUUUACAUGUUCUGUGCUAAUGCUUGUUUCCACGAUGGCCAGCGAUCUCCACUGUCACGAGCUUUGUUUGUCAAAACUGACAAAUUGGAGUUCCAACAUUGUUGUAGGUUACUUGUAAGGUUUGGAGGAGCAGUCAAGGUUCUGUUUUGUAAAAAGUAGUUAGGAAUGUUGUAGUUACUAAGUAGGUAUUAAAAUAAAAAAGGUGCGAGGUAGGCCUGUAAAGAAGCCGGCCGGGACCAAUUUUUCGGCCGGGUUUGGUCUUUCUUUAAGUCAAAUUUUAUGUUGCGGGAUUUGAGCUGGGCUCCUGGGGUCUUAGUUUAUUCCUCGGCCCCAAAAGUACAGGCCCGGCCCGACGUCAAAUUUGUUUUGGCUCAGUGGGUCUCCUAACAAUUCAACAGGGGAGAGGGUGGAAGUCAAAAAAAUUUUUAUUUUUUGAUAAAUUUUGAAAAUUUUAGAUGUUGGUCACUCUCAAACAGUCGAAAUAAUGGAAGCCAUAUUAGAACAAAACGAAAAACAUUCAGAAACAUCACCUCUACUCAAACGAGAAUAUGUUUCUUUUGCUUUUUGA